AUGGCCUCCAACGAGCAGAUCCCAGGUGUCAUCAUGUACCCGGGUUACAUCAAGUAUGAGGAACAGUGGGAGGUCAACGAACAGAUGAAAGCUAUGGAAUUUCAGCAACCAUGCUCGAGCAUGCGAUCUACAUACACUCCCGCUCCUCACAGCGGCAGCCUCGACCUAGUUGAUGAGCCAAGAACCACAGGGACCAUGUGGGAUCGCCUCAUCUACCCCGAUCCAACAAACCCCGUACACUGCAGGCCCUUGUCUUGCCUGGUAGCGGAAGAUCGUCUCCCGGAUCAAUUCCUAACCCCUGGCCUAUCAUACCCAAACCUCGGCGUCAAGUACCCGGAGGCUCUCAAGCUAUGCCCAGCUUUGAAGCAGCGUGUACCAUGGGACGUCUGCACAUCCGCUUGCGAUGUCCUCCGAGACCAGAAUCGGAUGGCAGAGACAGCUGAUCAGAUCUCCCACUUGGAAUUUAUGGGCUCUGUGGCCCGCCACUUGAAGCUCACGUGGAAGUUGGGUCUGACUAGCGUUAAUGAGGAAUCGCCGGAGUGUAUGUAUAGCCACUCUCAACCACACCAUAAUGUCGCGCGCCCUAUUCAUCACGCGUCGGGACCGGAUGAGGGCCCCUACGAACCGCCCGAUGAAUCGACAGAAAGUGUCCACGAUAGCGGCACUGAGAUGCCACCACCACCGGUACCACAGAAGAGCAAAAUUGUUCGCCUUAAGACGAACGCUGCUUCGAAGAGCCAGGUUCCUGCUACGGCUACUGUUGCGGCUCCUGUUGCGGCUCCUGUCGCGGCUCCAAAGUCGAGCUCAGGUUCAAAGAAACGUAGCAGGCAGUCUGGACCCAACCAGUCACCGCCAGCUCAAGAGACCGACGACAGCGAGCCAGAAGCACUUCAGGACGAUGAUGAUGGCGACUACGGGACAGCACCACCGCCGAAGAAAGCCAAGCGCUCAAAUACAGGCUCCACUUCGAACACAACUGCACCUGAUGUUCCGAAACGUAAGGCUCCAGCCCCACCUGGUCUGAACUCCAGGGACCCAGAAGAUUUGGGCUGCCGGUUCCGCGAGACCGAAAACUGGAUGCCUGAAGAAGAUGAUAAGCUCUGUCUUCUCAGGCUCGAUCUCGGUGAUGUGCUCAGUUGGAACGAGAUCAGCAAGAUCAUGGGGAGAGCAGAGGCCUGUCGCCAACGAACGUCCAAGGGCAAACCCUUGAGAUUGGCUUAUCCUGCUGGCCUAGUUCCCAGGAUGCCUACAUGGUCGAUGGAAGACACCAUUCAAGUAUACAACUGGCGCCAGUCCGGUAAUCUCAGGGAAUGGAAAGACAUUGGAGAUGCUCUUAGCCCGCAAAGAACGGUGCUUGAAUGCCAAAUGCAAUAUCGGCAGUACCGGGUGCUUGAUGAGGAUCACAUGCGGAGAGUGUUGGCACUCACACCCAAGGGUAUCCCCGGCAGCGCUGUUAUACAGCCAAGCCACAGUUCGAGUGCUGGAGACCACAAUGAAGAGGCAUCUUCCGGAAGUGGUGUUUCCACGCCUUCGACCGUGCCGUCGAGCGACAAGACCGAACCCGAGGUCGGGGAGUGGGGAGACCUUCGGGCUUGA